CAAUCAUCUCGCGGCAAAUGCACGACCCGUCGCGCGACAGCGGUGGUUUGACGAAACCACGUUUGGGUCGGGGUCGUUCUUCGGCCGGAGCUUCCAUGUGGGCGUUCGUGCUCCUGUGGGGCGCCGCCAUCGCCACGGAGCUUCAACAGCAAGCCUCCGGCAAAGGGGCGGCCGACGUACUUAUACCAGACGUGGGGAGUGCCUUGUUGGAGGCUGGCGCUGAUAAUGCAAUCUACGUGGCACGCCCCUACAACGAUCCCGGUCCUCUGCGCCAGGCGCCGAGAAUCGACGACUCCGUCCUGGUCAGUCAACCGGACAACAAGCUUCAAUGGCGGCACCGCCUCGUCAUUCAACAACAAGCACUUCCAUCUCUCAAAGUGGUUGGCCCAGUCGUUGAAGAGCAGACCAACAAGAGCCAUGGCACCAUCUACAAUAACGUCACACGAAGUGCGCCAAACGCUCCCGGUGGCAUACCAGCAGCACCCAAGGGUCGUCCAGGAAAGAUAGUGCGCAUGAGCCCAAGUCAGCUCUUCAACGACUCUGGGGAGUACAGGGUGUCCAGAAGAGACAGAGUGCGCAAGGCAGCCGGCUUUGAGAUCGCCUACGACUAUUAUUUCAAGCCCGACGAACAGCAUACGCCCAACUUCAAGAGCAUGACAAAGAAAUCAAUGCCUCUAAUACUCGCUACGUCAUUUCUUAUCAUCCUUAUCAUUUGUAUCGCCGUUUGCAUCAGUGGUAUCUGCUGGGAACGAACACGCCGUCUCGUUGCUCCUUCUGCGCCCCCGGAGACACCAACGGUGACUGAAAUGUCACACAGGAACGCAGCCGGCGACUCCAACGAUUCCAACGCUUACGCAAACGACAAGUACAUGAUAUAAGGAAGGACGAGUGGACAUACUCUUUGACCUUAUUUCAGCUUAUUGAAAUGCUUACUGAGCUGAGGCCACUGGUCACGGUGAAUCAAUCAGGAACGUCAGUGAGCAUAUGAACCAAUACAAGUGGGACGUACAUGAAAAAUUCUGUGUUGCUAUUCUACGUAGCAUGUAUCAUAGCUACCUGGAAUGUUUACUGAAUACUCGAUGUAUUAAAGAAAUUAAUGUUUCAA